GUCCAAUCCGCGUCAUGACAGCUCCGCACGUGACUCUGGGUGAAGUUCUUCUUCCUGAGAGCGGUGCAAAACACACCGACAAAAUUCGGGAACGGAGAAUAGCAGUUUGUGGAGUCAGUCAGUGGAAGAAGUACUCCUCUGUAGAGUCAUGGCCUCUGCUUCAAUACCGGUCUACAACUCCUCUAAUAAUCCCAUGGAGAACAGCUCCAGUCACAAUGCGUCCAGAGAGAGUCUGAAAAUGGAGCCCCUGGCAGACUGCAGCUUACUGCCCGGAGAGGAGAGGAUCAUAGACAAAGACAUCAUCUAUAUCUGUCCAUUCAGUGGAGCUCUGAAAGGCAAAGUCUUCAUCACUAACUACAGACUCUACUUCAGGAGUGCAGACGCAGACCCGGCGGUGACUCUGGAUGUUCCGCUGGGCGCCAUUGGCCGGGUGGAGAAGAUGGGCGGAGCCUCCAGUCGGGGGGAGAACUCAUACGGGCUGGACAUCACCUGCAAGGACAUGAGGAACCUGAGGUUUGCGUUGAAGCAGGAGGGACACAGCAGAAGGGACAUCUUUGACAUUCUGUUUAAAUAUGCCUUCCCCCUAUCCCACGGUCUGCUUCUGUUUGCGUACCUGAGUCAAGAGAAAUUUGAAGAGAAUGGCUGGAGUGUGUACAAACCCAUGGAAGAGUUCAGGCGCCAGGGCUUACCCAAUGACAAGUGGCGUGUCACGUUCAUCAAUGCCAACUAUGAGCUGUGCGACACCUACCCCACCAUACUGGUGGUUCCCUUCAAAGCUACAGAGGAAGACCUGAGGAAAGUGUGUACCUUCAGGUCCAGAGGACGCAUUCCUGUGCUGUCGUGGAUCCACCGUGAGAACCAGGCUGUAAUCUGCCGCUGCUCCCAGCCCCUGGUGGGGAUGUCUGGGAAGAGGAACAAGGAUGACGAGCGCUACCUGGACCUCAUCCGGGAGGCUAACGGCACCGCCAAGCUCACCAUCUACGACGCACGGCCCAGCGUCAACGCCGUCGCCAACAAGGCCACGGGUGGGGGUUACGAGGGUGACGAUGCAUAUCAGAACGCUGAGCUGGUGUUUCUAGACAUACACAACAUCCACGUGAUGAGAGAGUCCCUGAAGAAGCUAAAAGACAUUGUCUAUCCCAACGUAGAGGAGUCACACUGGCUGUCCAGUCUGGAGUCCACACACUGGCUAGAACACAUCAAGCUGGUCAUAUCUGGAGCCAUCCAAGUAGCAGACAAGAUAUCGGGAGGUAACUCUGUGGUGGUCCACUGUAGUGAUGGGUGGGACCGGACGGCCCAGCUCACCUCUCUGGCCAUGCUGAUGCUGGACAGCCACUACCGCACCCUGAGAGGAUUCCAGGUACUGCUGGAGAAGGAGUGGAUCGGCUUCGGACACAAGUUUGCCAAUAGGAUAGGACACGGUGAUAAGAACCAUGCUGAUCAGGACAGGUCUCCUAUCUUUGUACAGUUCAUAGACUGUGUCUGGCAGAUGACCAAACAGUUCCCGACAGCGUUUGAGUUUAACGAGCGUCUCCUAGUGACCAUCCUGGACCACCUGUUCAGCUGUCGCUUUGGAACCUUCCUCUACAACUGUGAGCGUGCCAGGGACACUAAUGAGUUGCGGUCGAAGACUGUGUCUCUGUGGUCAUUGGUAAACAGUGAUCUGUCCUUCUACCAGAACCCCUUCUACACCCCAGAGUCCAAUAGAGUCCUCUACCCUGUAGCCAGCAUGAGACACCUAGAACUCUGGGUGACUUACUACAUCCGCUGGAACCCUCGCAUCCGACAACAGCAGCAGAGUCCAGUGGAACAGCGUUACAUAGAGCUGUUAGCCCUGAGAGAUGAAUACCUGAAGAAACUAGAGGAACUGCAGCUCUCUGACUCCUCCCCCAACUCCUCCCACCUAUCAAAUAGCUCCACCCCCAACGCAGCCUCUCCCACGCAGCACAUCACCCACCUGCACACCCCCUUCUGAGUGGGGUCGCCACACACACUCCGACGUAUACAACACACGUGUAUGCGCAUUCUCCGGGGUCAGUGUUGAUUACAUGUCAGUUCAGUUAAUGAAUCAGGAGAUUGAUUGAAGUUCCAAAUUUGAGAGUUGAAAAGUGACAUUUUUUCCCAAUGAAGAUUUUUCAGUUCUGCAGGAUUUCAGAAUGUUCAGUUCUUCGGAAUUUCAGAAUUUCAAUUCACUUCCUGACAUUGAAAUGGGUUUGACCCUGACACAGGAAGUUAUUUUUUUGUACAUAACGUUUAAAGUAAUAAUGAAGUCGAUAAAUAACAUGGAAUAGACGUAACCAUGGUGAUUAUGCAACAUGUCACAGUACAGCCUUUUCACAACUUUAAUAGAAUGUUGUUUUUCCACCAAAACAAAGAAGCCUUAAUAUAAAAUAAAACAAUGUUUGUAGAUAAACAAUACUAACGGUGAAGGGUUAAAACUCACUGGCUGCAUUCCAAUUCACCCGGAAGUGUGCCUUCAGUCACUCACCUUCAUGCUCAUGCAUUGUAUUGGUGCAAGCAUGGCUGGAUGGAUGGAGUUUCCACCAUAUUCCUCACACCAGUCCCUUUUAAAUCUAUGAGGGGGAGCGUAUGAGUGCACACUUCAGGAGAAGGGUAGAGAAUGGGAUCGUAGCCCCUGCUCCUCUAGGACUGAAUACACUGCUCUCCUCUCCAUGACCAGGGAGAGAAUGGGAUCGUAGCCCCUGCUCCUCUAGGACUGAAUACACUGCACUCCUCUCCAUGACCAGGGAGAGAAGGGGAGACGGGAAUGAAAAUUUGACUAGAAGUGUAUGUGACUUGUUUCCCUUCAAUCAUUGUGUAGCUGUACCUAUGUCCCAACAUAAGCAAUACCAGUCCAAUCAUUCAGUUAAGUUUGGAUAGGAAGCUUGAGUGCAAACCAAGUCCACUGCAGUUUCCCCGUCCCAACUCACAUAAAUGAUUUAGCAUUCAUACCCACAGAAAUAGUAUCAAUCAGUUCUAUGUUCAUAAGUCCCAAAUAUGUAUCAUUUAUUCGGGGUUGAUUAUAGCCCAGUGUAUGAUAUCCGGUAGGCCAAGUAUCCCUGUGUAUUGUACUGUAGAAGGUCAAGGGAGAGACGGGACACAGUCAGUUGUGUUGGUUCCUAUGAGAUGUGGUGCCUAUGAGAGGUGCUGAGAGUUUUAUCUCAUAUUGUGGUCCACUCGAGCCUCGUCCCAAAUCUGAUUGUACUGUCUUGCCGACUCAAAAUAACCUCUUUUUUUUAUUGGUCACAGAAACAUAUUUAGCAGGUGUUAUUGCAGGUGUAGCAAAAUGCUUGUGUUCCUAGCUCCGACUGUGCAGUAGUAUCUAACAAGCCACAAUAAUACACACAUCUAAACGUAAAAUAAUGGAAUUAAGAAAUAUGUAAAUAUUAGGACGAGCAAUGUCAAGAGUGGAAUUGAUUUAAAAUACAGUAGAAUUGAAUACAGUAUAUACACAUGAGAUGAGUAAAGCAGGAUGUAAACGUUAUUAAAGUGACUCAUAUGGUCGUAGUCAUGCAUUACAUUUACCGUAUGUGUUGGUAAGACGGCACAAACAGAUCUGGCACCAGGCUAGGUCCACUCAGUCCAAUAAUAGUGAUCAGUGGUUCUGCUUCAACCCAACUCUCAUUUUACACAACUUCAGAACCUUUACAACCUGUUACCUUAAAUGGUCAAACCCCUCUUGGCAUAAACGUAAACAUUUGCCAUCGACCCAAAUUCUGCGUGGCAAAAUGGUUUAGCUCAAAUUUGCUGAAGGUUUUUGGACUCUCACAGAGUAGGUUCAGAAAAAACUCCUUCAAAGUUCUUUUGACGAGAGCAAUGUCUAGAGGUGGGAUCAGAUCGGUGGAAGUCCAGAAUCAUUUACAACGUUUCAAGGGAUCACGAUGUGGGCAAUGUAUUCUCAGACAAGAGUUCUUUGGACAAGAAUCACCAUAGAUUUUCAGAUUAGAUUGGUGGGAAAACCCAGGAAUUGUUUAGUUACUCUUUACAAGGCAUAUCCAGUGUUCUGGAGAACGCAGGUCAGGUCCAGUUCUGUGCCUUUGACAGUCUGAAUUUCAUCCUCAGGUGGAUGUUUUGUAUGUACCCAAACUAUAACUUUGUCUUUGUCAUUGUUCCUCUGUGUGGCAUCUGUGGCGAGGGGUAAAGGGAAAGAAAGCACCUGUUUGGUUGUGGAAGGAGAAAGGAAGAACCCGAUUUGGUUGUGGUGCGGGGAAAGAAAGCAUCCGAUUUGCUGGGGCAACGGGAAUGAUGGAUUCCGAUUGGUUGUGAAAGGGAAAAGAAAAGAUCCUGAUUGGUUGAUACAGUAUGUUUGUUCCUUCUGGUCAAGAUCCUUUGGGUAGGAUAACCAGUCACCACUGGAUAUGGGAAGACCAUACCAGACAGAGAACUUAGAGGGCUUGUUGCUGAACAUCUAUUGAAAGAUGGUGGUGAUGGUGGGCUAAAAAUGAGGUCUCUUUGAUAUGAAAACCUUUCAGGCACUACCUUUUCGCUCCCUAAUGCUACCCCAGAAUGCGUCACUUCGGAAGACUUUGGCCUCAAUGAGGUGAAAAAGUUUUAAAAAUAAAACCAAGAGCGAAAUGAACAACAAGGCAAAACACUGUUUGGUUUGUUGGUUGUUUUUAGGCAACAAAAUAAAUAUAUUUUGUUUAUUUUUUACUUUAUACAAGUACAGUAACUAUGAUGUAAUUACCUCAAACAAAACUGAUUUUACUGUUAAAAGUUGUAAAAUAUUAUUUUAUUUAGUGUACCAUUUCACACGUUUUAUAAAAAGGAAAUUAGUAGGACAAACAUUUUGUUUUGUUUCUUUGAAUGGUUGGUUAAUAAUUUGUGGAUUUCUUGUUACAUUAGUUUAUUUUUUUAUUUGCAUUUUGUGAUUUUGAUUUCUAACAGAAGAGGACAGUGAAUCAUGAAUUGUGGGAGAUUUGAUUCAGUCGGGAAUUGAUUCAGUUCCUUUUGCGUCUUCACCUGUGAUUGUGUAAAUAGGGAUCGUGAUUAGAUCAAUGGAGUGGCUGAGAAUUGGACUUUUCUGAACCCCUCUUCUGGACAGCUAAAGGUCCCGAAGCUUCUGCUAUUGUGAGCGAUUCUCUACUUUACACACAGUCUCUGCUCUACUCGCAGGGAACCGGCUAUUCUAGUGAAUGGUGCUCUUUUAAUAAGGUUAGGUCGCAGCUGAAUCAAUGUCUGCAAAAACACAAUAUUAGCACUCUACAUUUAUUUGUAUUUAACCUAUAUUUAACUAGGCAACUGAAUAUAAAUAGCAUAACGAUCUAAUUGCAUAUCCCCAUGAAACUGAGAUCAAAUAGUUGCUAUGCAGAUGCUCCAUGGAAGUUUCAUCUGUAAAAGAAAAUGGGAAAAUUCUAAUUCACCAAUGACACUAGGAAUGUGAAGGAUGGUUCUAUAUGUGUAGAGUUGAGACUGCUUAAAGUAGAGAAUUCCGUACAUGCGCAGAAGCUUCGGGACCUUUUAGCUGUUGGGAUGAGGGGCCCAGAAAAGUCUGAUCCACAGCCUCGGCCUUCAAUCAAACUCAUUGUGGUAUUUAUGCAGGAGCUCUUUUACCCCCAUGGUCAGAUCUAAUCCCUGAACAGUGGUAAUUUACUACCACGAGGAUGUAUACCCAUCACAAAUAGAUGCAUGUUUUUCUGCAAUGAGAAGGCGAUGCAUGGACAUUAGUUUGUAAACAAAGACACUGCCAUAAACAUUGGUAUAAAGAGUUUGACUGAAUUCCAGCCCUAGAAGAAUUGAGCACUGAUAAAGGCUGUGCAAAUGGCACACUAUUAGUCCCAAAUGGCACCCUAUUACUGCCAAUAUAGUGCACUUAUUUUGACCAGAGAAUAGGGUGCCAGCUGUCGCUAGUGAUUUUGUUAAUUUUCUUCAUGUAUUCUACCUUUAACAUAGGGAUAUCUAGUCGAAAGGGAUUUCUGUCAUAUUAUAGCCUACUUACUCCCUAGCCUGGUGUCCCAGAUCAGUUUGUGCCAUUUUGCCAAAUCCUUGUGAGUCAUGACCAUAGGAGUUAGCUUGGGUGCCAGUCUGUUUCAGGGGGCGUACUGUCAAGGAGGGUGUACUUGUACAACAAGCUGCCUCCUGCUACAGAAACAGGAGAUGGACUGCUGCCCUAUGGGCCUGUCUGGCUUGGACAACAAGCUGCCUCAUGCUACAGAAACAGGAGAUGGACUGCUGCCCUAUGGGCCUGUCUGGCUUGGACAACAAGCUGCCUCAUGCUACAGAAACAGGAGAUGGACUGCUGCCCUAUGGGCCUGUCUGGCUUGGACAACAAGCUGCCUCAUGCUACAGAAACAGGAGAUGGACUGCUGCCCUAUGGGCCUGUCUGGCUUGGACAACAAGCUGCCUCAUGCUACAGAAACAGGAGAUGGACUGCUGCCCUAUGGGCCUGUCUGGCUUGGACAACAAGCUGCCUCAUGCUACAGAAACAGGAGAUGGACUGCUGCCCUAUGGGC